CGCUUGUAGAAUGGGUGGAUUAUUAUCGGAGUAGCCAUUUCGACGCGAAAGAUGUCCGGAGCGUGUGUAUUUGAGGCGUUUUGAUAUUAUUCGGAUUGUUUUUUCUGUGUUUACAACGUGUCUGUGAACGGAAAUCGAAUAUGAUGCAACAACAGGUCUACCAGCAGGAUGCUACCAUGCAGGAGCAAAUCGGCCAGCAGAUGGUGCUGUGUCCUGUACGUUUCGUGUAUGAAACCCAGAUGUUGAUGCAGCCAGGUGAACAGAUCCAACAGCCGCAAACUAUCCUCAUCAAUCCACAGAACCCACCGCCAUGGAUACAGAACAGACCUGUCCAGAACCGGGUGAUAUACGUCCAGCAGGUGCCAGGCGGUUACAUACCGUCACAACAACAGCACAUAGACCAAAAUCAAUUGUAUAUACAGAACUACGGCUACCAGAACGUACCGCAGGUGCUGGUCCAGAACCAGGAGCAGAGGAUGCAGAUGAUAGCACCGAACAUCAUGACGAACGUCCAACCUAAUAUCCAAACCAACAUUGGACCUGUCCAAAAUCCUAACGUCCAAAGAAUUAUAUCCAACGUACCCAUGCAGAACCAGAUGAACAUGAACCAACCGGUCAACCAGCCCAUGCCCAUCAACAGACAAAUAAUAUCCAGCCAGAUGAUCAGCAUGAACGAGGUCCCCAAUAACGUUGACACGCAGGAAAUGCCCGCCUCCAAUAUCUACAGACAGACGCCACAGAUAAUACAGGAUCCUAGAUUUUCCUCGCAGACAAUAACAAUGACGCCAAAUAACAUGCAAAAUGGCCCGAGGUUCGAGACCAAUACAAAUGUCUGCCAAAUAAGACCAACACAGCCAAUGACACAGCCGAUGACACAGCCGAUGCCUCACUACCCGCGACCGAGCAGCGUCGCUGAACCAAGGAAAUUAAUAAACAAAGCAACCAACUUUAACACGAUGACCACCAAUGUCAGGACUCCGACACAAAUGCUGAGACCCAUACAACCCAGACCCAACCAAAUCAGACCCAACACGAAUUUCCUGCCAAUACAGCCAGCAAACUCUCAAAGCACAGCCAACAGCAACAGAAAAAUAAUGCCAAAUCUAAUACCAGCAACGAACAUGAACGACACAACGAGCAGGAGCGUCGCGUACAACAGGAAACGGAAAAGCGAAUCACCCGACGAGAUACACAAAAAAAUACCCAUAAGCAACACGAGCGACGGCGUCGUGCUCAUAAAACAAGUGGACAGUGCGGCUAAGGUGUCCGACGUGGGCGUCAACACCAGCCCCAUACACAAAGCGGACGGCAGGAUCAUCAUACACAACAUGCAGAUAACCCCGAUCACCGCGAGCAACCAGAGCAACAAAAUGAAGGAGGCAGCCGCGAAACACGUACGGAACACUACGACCCUGGAGCCGCAGGACGUCGUGAGAAACGCGCCCGCACCAGCCGCACCGUCUAAGUCCUUCUCUAGUCUCGUUGAAAAAGAAAAAUUGAUCAGGAACACUGUUUACACGCAAGCUAGAGGCAGGGUGCUGAGCGACAAAGCCAUCAGCGACGUCACCAAGCAGGAGAACAGCGUGGACACGAGUAGAAUGGAAAUCACGUGCAGCAGCAACGAAAACAGAACGGCUGAAGCGAAGCCAGCACCGACGCUGAGCUACGACGCCAGACAUUGUGAUAUAAGUGAAAAUAAAACGGCUGAACCCAAGCAAUCCCAACCGGAAGUCGUCAAGGAGGCCAAGACAGUGAAAGUAGAAAACAAAUGUGCUGUCACCGAAAAUAUAACGCCCGAACAGACACCACAAGCAGACCAGGCGAGAGACACGAACGGCCACGCGGAAAACGAGACGGCUGAAAGCAAAACACAACCGAAGAUAAUGAAAGAGAUCAAGAAAGAAAAAAACGAGGACGCCAUGGACGUGUCGCCCGUCAAGAAAGAAGAUGGCAAACCGAAAUAUAGUAAAAUUAAGCAGGAGAAAAUACCGAAAGAGGAGAGAAUAGAAAAGUGUGACGUCACAACGAAACCGGACGUCAAGGUCAAAGAGGACAGGGAUUUUAUCCUGACGCACGUCCUCGGCGGCUUCGUGAUACAGGAGUCGAAUGUAGCGUUUCCGAUAAGGAAACCGUUGAAGGAAAAGACGUUGGAAAUAAACGAAGUGAAGCAACAAGAUAAAGAUAAAGAUACGAAGGAGAUCAAAAACACUAGCAAAAUAUUAGACAUAUCCAACCUGAACAUAGAGGAGUGCGAGAAUAUGAGAGGGAGCAGCGACGGAGAUGGCAAGCAGAAAGAAAAUCCGUUCUCCACAUUAAAAUUGGGCACCGUCAAGAAAUGGACGGCCGAGCAGCUGUCAGCGCACCUCAGCAAGUACUCCUGGGCCGAGACCGUGUCGGUUUUACAGGAACACGAGAUCGACGGCGAGUCACUGUCGCUAGUGUCCAAGUUGCAGCUCAUAAGCAUAGGGGUCAGCGAGAACCACGCUGACAUCAUAGCCGACUUCAUCAAGAAAUAAUUUAUAUAUAGAUAAUAUUUGUAAAUAAAACGGCUGAACGCCGGAAACGAUCCGGCUGAAUCGAACCAAUUUAAAUUUCGAAGGUUUUUUUUUUUUUUCUGUAUAUAUCACGGAGCGAAAGACCGAAAGGUCGAAGGAAUCUUUGGGGACAUUUUUUUUUUUUACUGUACAAAAACACUUCAGUGACGCUCCCCAGUGAACCGGUAACUUAAUGAAGAUUUCAAAGAAAUCUAACCAUAUUUUUAAGCCGCACAUGUAAAUAUAACUGUAGUUUUAUUAUUUUUUAACGCGAAGGUCUCGACGUCUUCCUCUGUAUUGUUAAUUUUUAUUACAUUGACAUGAAAAUUUGAAAUAAAUGAAAACGAAUAAAAAUUUUU